GCCUCAGGGACAGACAUGAAGGACCCACAACUCCCAGCCAUCAAAACACGGUUAUGGCCAAAGCCAAAAAUGAGCAAAAAAGUCAACGAUGAGUCCACAAAGGUGGAAAGGUCAGCAUUUCCCCUGACUUCUGCUGCCACCAGUGCCAUCCCAAAGCUCACUGAGGCAGAAAGAAUCAAGCAAACUCCCAUCGAAAGGGUCAUCUAUGACAUGGCUCACAAUGAGAAGAUAAUCAGUGACCUGAUGCUCGGCCGAAGGGUUGGGUUUUAUGAGCUGCGUGGAGAGGUCGGCCAAGGAAACUUCUCUACAGUGAAGCUGGGCAUCCAUGCCUUGACUAAAGAGAGAGUCGCUGUUAAAAUUGUUGACAAGUUUCGUCAGGAUAAGAAGAGCCAGCCUUUGGCCUCCUCUGAGAUCAGCUGCAUGGAGAAGUUGUGUCACCCCAACAUAGUGCGCCUUUAUGAGGUGAUCGAGACCACCAGAAGGCUGUAUCUGGUGAUGGAGUAUGGCAGCGGUGGGGACCUGUUCUCUAGAAUCACCACCAGGGGGAAGCUGAAUGACCUGGAAACAAAGGUGGUCUUUGCACAGAUCAUUGCUGCUGUGAAACACAUGCAUGACAACAACAUUGUGCACAGAGACCUUAAAGCCGAGAACAUCUUCUACACCACCAGUUAUUGCAUAAAGGUUGGGGACUUUGGUUUCAGCACAACAUGUGGCCCUAAUGAGCUUCUCACCAGUUUCUGUGGCUCCCCACCAUACGCUGCACCCGAACUUUUCAGGCAAAAAAGCUACAUCGGACGCCAUUCGGACAUCUGGGCUUUAGGUAUUCUCUUGUACUUCAUGGUGACAGCAACUUUACCCUUCUACGGAGAAAACCUUGCGAGGCUGAGGCGCCACAUCCUGCAGGGGUCUUACAGCAUCCCUUCGUUUGUGCCUGAUCCCUGUCAGCUUGUCAUUAAGGGAAUGCUACGAAAUGUGCCUGUUGACCGCUCCUCCAUCAGGCAGAUUACAAACAGCACUUGGCUCAAGGGGAUAGAGUAUCCUCGCCCAUAUGUCUCUUUGCCCACAUCUCCAGCCUACUUUACCCAGGCCAAUCAGACUUUGAGUAUGGAGGAGCAAGAGGUGAAGAAUUUCCUGUCAGCUUUAGGUGUUUCAAAGGUUCAUCUGGAAAACAACCCAUGUUUAGACUGCAGAAGCCCGCUGACAGGGGCCUACAGAAUCCUCCUCCAUCGGGCUCAGAAGAGGAGGCUAGUGGAGACCGUAGGAUAUUCAACGCAUCACCCUGAUGAGUACGGGAGUCCUAACAAGUGGUCGGAAGCAUCUGUAGGCAAACACGUUCCCUCUGCUGUCUGUGUAAUACUAUAAUAAAAAUUAACAGUGGCAGACCUGCUAAUUGACGCAGAUUCAGACUUUGUCCAUAAUAACUUGGAUAAUUUGCAAUCCAGAGAUGUUUUUCCCUCUAAGAUUUUUACAAAUGGUUUGAAAGAUGGAGAUUUUUAAUAACUCAGUUCAACAAUGUAAUAGAAGCCUGCUUUGCAAAAACAUGAGCUACAGUUGUUUUAGAAGAAUUGGUAGCCUAGAGCAGGAUUUCUGCUAUGUCACAUGUGGAUCAAAAUGGCCCUUCCAUGGAGGAUGAGAUCUGCUAAGCCAUAAGCUGUAGCUUUCUGUUCUGAUUACAGCAAGCUUACUGACGCAGAACAUUGUCUCUGAAUGGCUAUCAGCAUCUUCAAAUUCCUCUUAGUCAGAACAUAAACCCUCGAAGUAAGACAAGGCCACAGGUAAUCCAAACAAGUGAGACGAAGAGAAAACACUUUGUUUUUUCAAUUGAAACAAAGCAGGGGGCUGAAAACAACUCCAGAGGAAAAGGCAGAUUUCAUAAGUUAAUAGUUUGUGAAUCCAGUUUGGUGCCAUUUCAAAAGUUUUUUUUCUUUACAAUUGUUUCCUGAAUUGACUCAGAAAAUUUGCAUGUUUCAUCUAAAUGGCUGUAAAGGCAGAACCUUUCUCACAGUUACAGACACAUCUGGGACCCAAACGUUGCUCUGUGACUGUCUGAUACAUUUCCUGCUGUUGACAUUUUGUUUUACGUCAACAUUUUUAUAAAUGCUUUUCAAAAACUGAAUUGAACUUAAUGCCAGUUGUCUUCACAUGAUUAUAAUAAUGACAAAAGUGAGGUCCAUUCAUCAAAACGGUUAUUACAAAGAGGUUUGCUCUAGGAUGUAGAAUAAUUCCCUUUUUGUUUAUAAGCCCGAAGGAUCAAUAAAACCUGAAACUUGCAAGGGAGUUCUCAGAAACAGAUCUUGGACUCAUUUCAUGUACUUACAGUGAAAUCGCUAAUGUUGAAUUACGAAACAUUUAUGAAGUCUUCAUCCUAUUUUCUUCCACAUUUAAUCGCAAACUUUCAAAAAUGACGUUAUUCAAUAAUGUUCCUUCACCUUACUUGUACCUCACGUUUGGGUUUUGCCUUCAGGGUUCUAACCCAAACGUGUCUUUCUCCCAUAAUCUUCAGCUCCCAGUUUACUGCCAGUUCUGACAGAGUCUGCAGGCACCUGUUCUGUCAAAGCGCCAGUUUUAGUGACUUAGGGUUUCGCAAUGCAGUGAUUCACCUUCAGCCUGCUAGCUGUUCACACAUGUAUGUGUAAACAUCUCAAUAGUAGGAUCCAAUUCUGAGAUAUUAUCAAACUCUGUUUAAGUGCCAAGACAUUUUUGAAUAGUUGUUUAUUUAGGUAAACCUGUUCUUGCUCAAUAUUGUUUCCACUUCAGAAAAAAAAAUAUCUGCAGUAUUGUGUACACAGUCAUUCUUAGUCAGGAUGUUAUCAUUUCAUGUGGUAUUACUGAAAAGAAAAUUUAAAGAUCAUCCAUCUAAAGCCGUUUUAUGCAAGAAAAAAAUAAUGGACACAUGUAUUUGAGACAAAGAAAGUAAUAAUUUCAGACCAGUUACAUCUAGAUAAUUAAACUGGUAAGAUGAUGAAAGCAGUAAGCUUUACUGCAUAUAGACAUACAUGAGAAUAUAAACAUUUUUGAUCCUGUCAACUCAUGCAUGAAAAUUA